UAACCCUCGCUGACCUGCAUGGUGAAGUAUGGUAAAAUAAUCCCAGUGACUGACAUGGCAUGUCGAGAACUUCUUUUAACAGGUGAAUGACAAAGGGCUGAAAAUUAUUAAAUAUCAUUUUAUUAUGAAGGCAAUGCUUUUUUUUAACCUUGUCGUGUGUUUGCAUUUCUGUGCAGGGGAAGAAGAUUAUGGGAUGGAUUAUCUUCGCAUAGAGGAUUAUCACUGCUCCGCAAGCAAAAUAGAGCAUUGUGGGACCGAUGAUGUAGACGAUGAAGAAGGACCUUGUGGGAUGCGAUGCAACGGGUCGAGGUGCAGUGGCCCCAUGGCCACCUGUGAAAAUUACACUGAGGUUUGUCGAAAUGCAACACCAGGCUGGGAGGAGCGCUGUUCAGCUGACACUGAAGACUCUGGUACCGCGGAGGACGUUGCGAUUGCCGGCCACGGAGCACGGCACGGCAGUGCCGAGAGCUUAGAGCUUGUGUGGUCUGAAUGCAACGGCGAAAAUGGUUUCGCUUGCCAGACUCCAGACCAUGGGCUGGACGGGAGCGACGGUGUGGCGAGUAGCCCCCGUUGCGGACUUGAGCAGCGGGGAGGACCUGACGUAGACCCGGCCAGCGGCGAGGAGUCGGACCAUUACGUGACGCAACUGAGGGACGCGUUUGAUGCCUGCGAUAGAGGCGGCAGCGGGCGGCUGGACCACGCCGCACUGAAGGAGUUGGCCACGUGGCUUCAGCUGGACGCGGACCUGCACCUUCCGCUCCUUCUGCAAAAGCUGCUGGGAGAUGAGCCCAGCGCCACAGUGAACUUUGAAGCUUUCAAGAAGGGCUUCGUGUGGCUUUUGUCGGAGGGCCCUGCGCUGGCCGAGGACUGCGAAUCGCAAACCGACGGACAGCUCGACGCGACAUCGCCUUCGCAGGACGAUGGCCUCACAGCGGACCAGGUGGACGAGAGCGGAGUCUCUUCCCUGCGCACCGACCAGGACGAGGCAGAGGAGCGCAGUGAGGUGGAGCCCAAGCUGGUGCGGGGGGGGAAACGCUAUGGCCGGCGCUCCCGGCCAGAGAAUUCGCUGUCCGAGCAGUGGAAUGGGGACGGAGCCUCCCUGGGUCACGGGGACGGAGGGUCGGCGGACAAUGGCGAAGAGGUGGAUGGCAGCAGUGGAGGGAGCGAUCCCACCGGCGAUCCCUUCUCGCCAAUCUUGCACAACGGCCGGCCGGAUGUGUAUGAGGGAGGCGUCUUUGGGCCGAGCGAGGACACCUUUGAAGCCGAAGGCCAGAACCCGUGGCACUCGUCGUCUUUCCUGAGCAGCAGCGGCGUGCUCGAUGCGGACCCGCCGGACGCGCUGGGCUCCAUGGAGGAGCGGCUGCUCGCCGACCUGGGCCUGGAGCCCGGAGCGCGGCUCGACCCGCAGGAGGCCGCCGCCGUGUGCACGCAGCUCCACCUGCAGCACGAGUGGCAGGCGGUGCAGGCCCAGCUGGAGCCAGCGGACGACGGGACGGUGAGCUGCUCGGAGCUGCUGCAGCUCCUGCAGCAGAGCGGAGUGGACGAGGAGGGGGAGGCUGAGCCAGAGGAGCAGAGGGAAGAGGAGGAGGAAGAUUUGGAUGAUGAGCGCACCAGUCUGUCCUCGCAGAACCUGUCCCUGGGACGUUACACGCCGAGUGUGUCGCCCCCUCCUCCCGGCGUCCUCCGACAGCUCAAGCGCUUCCACUACAGCCAGGAGGAGGGCGGGCGACGCACGGCCACGCCGUCCCUGCUGGCACCCAGUGGCCACGAGCUGCUCUUCUCGGAUCUGGACGACGGCACGGGCAGCGUUCCCACCGAGCGCCUCCUGGACUCGUGGCUCGCCGACGGCGUGGCGGAGCCGCACACGAUCCUCGAGGCGCUGCAGUUGAGCGGCAGUGAGCGCGUGUGCCGUGCUGACCUCACCGCUGCCAUCGACGCGGAGAUCCUCUCCUCUGGGGACGGGCUGCCCCGGGUCACGCUGCUCGCCUACAAGGCGGAAGUGAGGACGCAGAGGAGCCAGGCGGAACAGGCGGCCGUGGAGAAGGAGAAGCUUCGCGUGGACCUGGAGCGCACGGAGCGCCGCUGCUCCAAGCUCGCGAGCGAGACGGAUGAGAGGCACGACCAACUCGAGAGCCUCAACUCCAGCCGCAUCAGCGAGCUGGAGCAGGAUUGCCGGGAGAAAGUGGCAGCGACGCGAAUGGAGAUGGACAAGGAGCGCGAGCUGAUCAUGAGCCACGUGAACCGACAGCGCGAGAAGCUCGAGGCGGAGAUCGACAACCUCCGCAAGGACGAGGCCGAGCUCCGGGACCGUCUUGGGGUCACCAUGAAGGAAAACUCCCGUUUGGAGCGGGAGCUGAGCGACCUGGCGGAGCGGUUGGCCGACUCGGAGAAGCAGGUGUCCAGCCUCAAGGAGCAGCUGCACAGAGCACUUCACGGCGGGGGAGAUGAUCUGGACCCCACGAGCGCGGAGUUCUUGGCGCGAGAAGAGCGCUUCGCUCACGUCUUGCGGGAGCACGAGCAGCGGUGCAGGGAAAUGCAGGACCGGAUCGAUGAGCUGCAGUCGGAGGUGGAGCUGCUGCGCACGCGAGCGUUGCCCCGCAAGGGCGGCCGCCUGAACGGGGAGAGGAUGAGCCCCGAGGGCGGGGAGGAGCUGGGGCAGGAGGAUGCUCGGAGCAUGUCGGCGAGCAGCAUAGGCAGCACGGGAUCCCUCCGCUCCAGGAUCCGAAGAAAACUGCCCGACAUCAUGCGCAAAGGCGUGCGCUCCCCAGAGGCGGUGUCGCCUGGGCUCAGUAUCGAGGCCGAGCUGGUGCUGGAGAAUCUCAAGGAGCAGCACCAGCAGGAAGUGUUCCGUCUCACCGAGGCGCUGACUUCCAAGGAGGAGGAAUUUAAUGCGAAGCUCGAGCAAAGCCGGGCAGAGGCGGAGAGGAGGGCACACGACACGGAAGACCGUCUCGAGGCGAAGGUGGCCGAUGCCCGAGCACGGCACUCAGCCCUCGAGGUCCAGGUGGCCUCGCUGAGGGAGCUUGUUGAGGAGGCGAGGGCUCAGCGAGACGAAGCCCUUGCACGCCUGAACGAGAAGCGAGCGGAGGCGGAGGAGAAGGCCCGCCUCCUCGACGCCAUCGGCGAAGAGCACGUGCAGCAGCUGGAGAAGAAGGUGGAGGAGGGGCGGCAGAAGGCGUUCAAGUCCAACGAGCAGGCCAUGCAGAGGUUGCGGGUCGCGUUAAGUGACAAGGAGCAAGAAGUGGACAGGGUCUCGGCGAGGUUGAGGGAUGCCGAAAAGGAGAGUGGCGACCUGCAGUCGCAGCUGAGUGCCAAAGACGAGGAGGUGGCCUCAAUCAAGAGGAAACUGGACGAGGUGGAGCGGGAAAAGGGUCGGAUUCUGUCCACCACUGAGGCAGACAUUGAGAAGAUCCACAACAAGUUGCAGGCCAAUGGAGUGGACCGAGCCAAGGACUAUGAGGCAGAGAAGCUACAGAUGCAGGCCAUGCUGAAGAGGCAGAAGCUGGAGAUGGAGAAGAAGCUACAGAUGGAGAAGGCAGAGGUUGAGCAGCACUUUGCGCUGCAGGUGUCGGAGUUGGCCAGGCAGCUGGGCGAGGAACGCGAGAGGAUGCAGCGCGAGCUGACGGACCGACACCAGGCAGAGAUGGCGCAGCAAAGUGUCGGAAAAACACCUGGACACGUCAAGCGGGUGCACUGGAAGGAAGAUUUGGAAGCCUCUGCGAUGGUAAAUAAGGUUAGAAAUGAGGAUGGACAGCACCUCGAUGGAGCGCUCGCACCUAACCGAUGUCAGCCCGAGGUGAAAUUGAAACCAGUAAUGAAAAUUCGAAGCCCCGUGAGGGGUGCGGAUUGGAAGGACAGGCGAAGGGACGGAGAGUGCAAGGCGCGACGGCAGCAGAGAAAGUCUCGAUGAAAACAUUGUUGGUAACACGUGGCAAGAUGCAAAGAUAGCUCGCAGAAGCCUUCAGUCCAAUUAUGCUAAAGAAGAUGCUAAAACCAGAAUUGCAGUGAUGGUAAAGAUGGGAACCUCACUGCAGACAGGACAACACAUUAACGUGGGCACCACUCUAUCAUUGAUGGCGUGUGCACAACGCACGGAUGCACUUUUCCAUGGUAAUGGGACCCAAAUUGAUGCUGGCAAGUCAGGGAUUGAGGAGCCGAGCUGAAUGUGAAUCGCUGCCUGGAUGUUGGUGCUGCUGGAGUCCAUAAAGGCACCACGCAGCCAGUGAGCCAAGCCCAGCGCAGUGUUCGCCAUGGAGGCCGCCCCACAUCCAGCUGCGCCGAGUCAGAGAGAGAGCUGGGUGUCUUGCAGCUGGGGCGAUGUGUUUAUAAAUGGGCUUGAAGUUGCGGCGCACGCACAUGCGGCGAUAGCAAUCGAAUCUUCCGAGGAAUGUGGACCCAAUGGCACUACUGAAAUUGAGCUAGGGAAGGAAGCUGGUAGAAGACAGGCGGCCAUCCCAGGCCAUCGCCCCACGUGGGAUCGUGUGGACGCAAUGGAGCGCGAAUGAGAACGUGAAGAACAAAGUGGAGGGAUACAGUGGCGUUGAAGACGAGAUGUCUGGUGGAAAUGGACGAACCGUGGAAAAAAGCAAGGCAACUCGAAAGGUGGCGAUGCAGCUGGACUUGAAGACGAGGUGAAGUCGCCGAUCGGUGCUGCCGGGAAAGGGAGGGCGGCACUACAGGCGGCCAUCUUGCGUGGUCCGCAAUGCUCGGAGGGCUGGAGAGGGAUAAGGUGCCAGCAGCAGAGAGGCACAG